AUGAGUUCCUCUGAAGAAAAAUUGCCAGAAUAUCCUGAAUAUGCAAUUAACAUGGAGAAAGCAGAUUCCACAAGUACUAAAAGCAUUUCUGAUGAUACCGAAGCACAAAUUAUUGAAAAUAAUACAAAAACCGAAGUUAAAGUUGCAUUAAAACGAUAUGAGACAUAUUUGAUAAUGUUUGCACCAAGAAUUGCAAAUGAUUUUAACUCUUUAGAUCGAAUCGCUUGGGUCGCCACAUCAUAUAUGUUAACAGAAACAUCAUUUCAACCUACUUUUGGAAAACUUUCCGAUAUUUUUGGUCGGAAAUCAACUUUCUUGUUAGCACUUGGGUUAUUUCAACUUGGAUCUUUGUUGUGCGCUAUUUCCCCAAAUAUGACAUCUUUAAUUAUAUUCCGCGCUGUAAGUGGUUUUGGUGGAGGAGGAAUUCUUAGUCUGGUUAUUAUCAUAAUAUCAGAUAUCGCACCACUUGAGUGUUUUGGAUUGGCUUCGCUCGUUGGUCCAUUGGUAGGAGGUGCUUUUACAGAUCAUGUAACAUGGAGAUGGUGUUUUUGGAUUAAUCUCCCUCUUGGUGCCAUCUCGAUUCCGCUUAUUCUCAUCUUUCUAAAAUUACCUCAAACUAAAGGAACUUUCCUUGAUAAAUUAAAACGAAUUGAUUAUACCGGAACUGUCAUAAUUGUUGCAACUAUUUUAAGUCUUUUAAUGGUUGGUGGUGUGUUAUUUGUGGUAUUUGCAUUAGUUGAAAUAUUCGUUGUUGUUGAACCAAUAGCACCACCUAUGAUAUUUUUUAUUCCAGUUUAUUUUCAAGUUAUAAAAGGAGAAUCAGCCACUAAAUCCGGUCUCGAAUUAAUUGCAUAUGUUAUGGGAACAGUUUUUGCAGUACUGAUCGUUGGAUUUACAUUAUCGGUUACUACAAAAAUAUCAUAUCGAAUGUUUUGUAUAGCAGGCGGAGCUUUUAUUGCAAUUGGAGCCGGAUUAUGUACUCUCUUAGAUGAAAAUUCUAAUCGUGGUGAACAAACUGGAUAUACUUUAAUACUUGGUAUUGGUAUGGGAUUAAUUAUGCAAACAACUAUAUUAUGUGCUCAAGCACUUGUACAUUAUGACGAUGUUGCUGUUACUUCAAGUCUUAUAAAUUUCUUUAGAACAACAGUUUUAGGAACUAUUUUAUUAAAUAAAUUAAAUAAUAAUUUAGCUGAUUUAGAAACAUCUUUUCCACCUGGAAUAACAAUUGAUGUAUUGAAGAAAUCUGCAUUCUUAGUACGCGAACUUUCACCAGAUAUACGACAACCUGUAAUUCAAGCAUAUGUAGAUGCUCUUCAAACUGCUUAUACUGCAGUUAUACCUAUGGGAGGGUUGUGUUUCCUUGCUUCUUUCUUUAUAGUCGAAAAUAAAUUUACCCAGACUGCUUGA